UCUGUAUAAAACUCAGUGUAAAGUGCAGUUGUCCUGUAUGCAGUUUAGCAGAAGUAUCUGAAGAGGUCAGCUGAAGUAUCUAAAAAGCUCUGUCCACCAUGGCCACCCUAAUCAGCUCUGUCCUGGGUUUUCUUGUCUUGCUGGCCAUCAGCCAGGCCGCUGACCCAAGCUGUAAGGAUCUCACAAAGCCGCUGGUGCUGGAGGACGACUACAGUUCAAUGAUGGGGAAAUGGAUCUUCACUGAAGGAAUCGCUAAUCAUCCUUUGUUCACAAACAUCUUAUUAACAGUGAACAGCUCUUGGGUGGAGUUUGCCCCCAGUUCCCUAAAAGAUACUGUGAUUCUCAGCCAAGGAAACAUGCUAAAUGGAAAAUGUGAAUUUACAACCAUCAAUGCGACUGUGAAAAAUAACACAUUCUUUGCUACUGAAAAAGAGAUCACGUCAGAGGGCGAUUUCCUGCCAUCGUGUUCUGGGUGUCUCACUAUGCACUUCACCAGUCAGAUAAAUAGCACAACCAUCAACACGCUCUACCUCUUCACAAAGGCACCCAAAGCACCCAAGUCAGACAUGGAUCAGUACUGGAAACAAGCUGAAUGUCUUGGCUUCAAAAAAGAACCACAGUUCUCCUACGAUGGUGUAAAAGAAUUCUGCCAAGAGGAAAAGAACAAUUCAUCCAAAGAACCCAAACCUGAGGAUAAAAACAAUGAAUAAUUAAUAUUAUCUAAUUGUAUCUAAUUGAUUUUUUAAACCUGAAAAUGCUGUAUUUGGCUCUGCUGAGCCUGAGUGUCCUUUGACCAAAUGUUAUGCAAUAUCAGCAGCAAAGUAAACAGAGAAUAAUGAUCAAUGAGAUUUAAUGAUUUACAGGGUUUCUGGCAACACUAAAAACCGUAGAUGUUCAUAGUUCUUGUAUUUCAGUAUGUAGUAUGUAUACUGUACUGCUUAAAAACAACUGAAUAAAUUUUUUUCAAAACAA